CAUCUCCUCUUAAGCAUUAAACUCAAUCAGACAAGGGAAGUUGCUGUCGCCACGGUCGGAGUCUCUGCCACUGCCGUCUGGAACUGCCGGACCCUCCGCCUCGCCUCCCACGCCAUGCUGUCGGAGAAGACAUUCAAGCAGCGCCGCACCUUUGAACAAAGAGUAGAUGUCCGACUUAUCCAAGAGCAGUAUCCUACGAAAAUCCCAGUGAUCACAGAACAAUACAAGGGUGAGAAGCAACUUCCUGUACUGGACAAAACCAAGUUCCUUAUACCUGAUCACGUCAACAUGAGUGAGCUCAUCAAGAUCAUUAGGAGGUGCUUACAGCUCAACGCUAAUCAGGAGUUCUUCCUGUUAGUCAAUGGACACAGCAUGGUGAGUGUGUCCACUCCGAUUUCUGAAGUGUAUGAACGUGAGAAGGACGAAGAUGGGUUCCUGCAUAUGGUAUAUGCCUCUCAGGAGACAUUUGGAAUCAAAGUGUCUGUGUAAGACUAGAAAAAUGCAUCUGUUCUAGAAUUUUUUUAAGCCCUUACCAAGGAAAAAAAAGGGACAUAACCAACUGAGAUUGAUCCAUUCAUCCAAUCACAGACCAUCAAAAUCAGUAGUGUUCCUGCCUAGUAGUUGUAGGAAGUUGUUUUGUGCUGCAAGCAGAAAAAUGGAUCUCCACGUGAGCACAUUCAGCUUUGGAAAAACCAUUAUUUAACCUAGGCUGUUUUGUUUUCAAAUUCAGAAGUUUAAAAAUAAAAUACUUUGCAUUCUAAGUUGCCGAUAAAAUAGAACUUCAUGUUAUUCUAAGGCUCUUUCCCUAUGAGGAACUUGCAACAUAAGCAUUCAGAGAGAAAUUCUUUUCCAGGUUCACAGAACUGGCCAACUUUUUGUAGAAGAGUUUCCACUCAACUAGAGAACUCUCUUUAAGAGGAUCUUGGAAAGCAUAAGUUGUCAGGAAUAGCCCCCUUCCCACCCGCCCACAUUGGCCAUAAUAGUGGGCAAAAAGCAGGAAAAAUUGAGAUGGAUAAAACUCUGAACUGCUGCUCAAGGUUCUCGAUUCCUAGUUUAGUGUGCCCCGAGUCCACACCUGUGCAGUGCCAUUUCCGGGGAGGGGGGGGGGCGGGGGGUGGAGUUUCAUUAGCUUCUCUAGACAGUAAAGCACCACUGCUCAAUAAGAACCUUGAAUAACUUAACAUUUUGGUCUAGUUUCUCAAAAGGCCCAGGGAA